AUGCCUAGGGUGAUAGACCAUAUUACAAACUUCAUCCGCCCGCACAGAUCGCAAGAUUCUACUUCUCCGCUUUCGCCUAGAUCAGACUCGGGAAUCAGUCUAUCAAGAUCGCCACCAUCUCCCACUUCGUUUAGUCGCGCAUGGGAUUGGCUUGAGAAACGGUUAGCACCAGCAUACAACCGGCCCACGUUGUCCAACUCGGAACGUUCCCCAGAAACUUGUAGUAACCAAGACUGGAAUUUCUAUACGCCAUCGCCACGACCGAAUAGGUCUAACCCUGAUUCGCCUCAACCUUCAUCGAGAAUCUGGAAGAGAGGAGAUAUAAAAAGAUCAAGAGAAGGGGCUUCGUUAUUAUCUCCUACCCAAGAUAGGCUUGACAAUCUGGAAUCGCGCCGAAUACUAAGCCGGCCAACAGCGGCCCGAGCGGCUCGAGACGCUCAGCAGCGGCGAGUCCUAGAGGUUCUCUCUAUAGUAAAGCAGUUGAAAAACGAAGAGUACUCGACGGAUGACAUUCUGAUAGUAAAGGAGUUAUCAGAGUCGGACUUCGCGGUGCUAAUUGAUAGGCUGGAAACUGGAGAUGAAGAGCUGAAAAGGUAUUUCGAGCACGAUCUGUGUUAUGACUAUCCCUAUCGCAUUGGAAGAAUAGAUCAUAUUGUCUUUCGCAUGAAUUCAAAGCUCCACGAACACGUAUCUAGGAAAAUUCAUAGGAGGCUAGCGAAUUGGAUAGAUGAGCUCAAGAGGGACAAUACUAAUCCGGACGGGAUCCUGAGUAAAGCGUACUACGAAACAGGGUCGGCUAGGAUCUGCUUCAAACGGACACCUCAUGGGAAAAGCCCGGAUGAGAGCAUUCAAUUUGAUGGCUGCGAAUAUCCAGGACUGCUCAUAGAAAUUUCUUGGUCGCAAAAGGUGAAGGAGUUGCCAAAGCGGGCAAAGGAAUUUAUAACCAAAACUAAAGGCGGUGUCAGGACUGUGAUCUGUAUCGACGUGAACGAUACUUACGAAAAGCGGCGAAAGAAGAUGGCAGGGGAAGCCAAACUCUCGGUAUGGAGGGCAAAUUGGACCUCGGAUAACAAGCUGAGAGUCGAGAUGAGCGUGAAUAAUGAAGUGUUCCAAGAUGAACAGGGGCAGCUCAACCCUUCCGCCGGCGGAUUGCGCCUUACGCUCGAGGACUUCGUCUGCAGAAAGGCCGCGGCCGAGAUCGAUGUUGACGAUCCGCAUCUCGUUGUCGAGGCUAAGGAGCUUUACCAGUGGGUUCAAGAAGGACUAGCCGCCCUGAAUAUUCCGCCUCCUGAAUCAUCGGCCGGACAAAGUGAGGCCUCGGAUCAGCAAGCUCUCCCUGCCUCGCCUCCGGAUUCCCGCGCGGAGGGCGAAGGGUCGUCUCGAGACUUAGCAUUUACCCCAAACCAACCAGCGAAUUCGAUUUCUCGCAGCUUUUUACCACCACGUCAAGAACCGACUGAGCCUGAAGUGAGAAGACCACUACGUAGGUCUCGCAGGCUUGCGGCCCUCUUCAAGAGGUGA